CUUGCUCGUCCCCCAAGAAGCAGAGAGUCAAGGAAGAGCAGCCGCACUCUGUUCUUUCUCCGUUUUCUUUCCCCCCCAAUCGAAUUCUCUUCCUCUGGAAACAUGUCCAAGAAUCUCCACCCAGCCAUCGACCCCAUGAGGAUGGGAGUGGGCCGCUCCAUCGCUGUGCUGACAUCAGGAGGAGACGCCCAAGGUAUGAAUGCUGCUGUCAGAGCCACAGUCAGAGUCGGCCUCUACACUGGAGCCAAAGUCUACUUUGUUCAUGAGGGUUACCAGGGCCUGGUGGAUGGAGGAGACAACAUUCGUCCCGCCACGUGGGAGAGCGUGUCCAUGAUGCUCCAGCUGGGCGGCACGGUCAUCGGCAGCGCCCGCUGCAAGGACUUCCGGGCCAGGGAGGGUCGACUGAAGGCGGCCUGCAACCUGGUGAAGCUGGGCAUCACCAACCUGUGCGUGAUCGGCGGCGACGGCAGUCUGACGGGAGCCAACCAGUUCAGGGCGGAGUGGAGCGGACUGCUGGUGGACCUGGUCCGAGCCGGUAAGGUCACAGAGGACGAAGCGAGGAAUUCUUCCCACCUGAAUAUCGUCGGCAUGGUCGGCUCCAUCGACAACGACUUCUGUGGCACCGACAUGACCAUUGGCACUGACUCAGCGCUGCACCGCAUCAUUGAGGUGGUGGAUGCCAUCGCCACAACAGCACAGAGUCACCAGAGGACGUUCAUUCUAGAAGUGAUGGGCAGACACUGUGGGUACCUGGCCCUGGUCACCGCUCUGGCCUGUGGGGCCGACUGGGUGUUUAUUCCAGAGAUGCCACCAGACGAUGGCUGGGAGAACCACUUGUGCAGGAGGCUGACUGACCAACGGGCCCGAGGAUGUCGUCUGAACGUGAUCAUCGUGGCCGAAGGAGCGAUGUCCAGAGACGGCAAAGCCAUCACAUCUGACCAGAUCAAAAAGCUGGUGACUGACAGGCUCGGCUUCGACACUCGCACCACCGUUCUCGGACACGUGCAGAGAGGCGGCACGCCCUCAGCCUUCGACAGAAUCCUGGGCAGCAGGAUGGGUGUGGAGGCAGUGAUGGCGCUGCUGGAGGCCACUCCGGAGACUCCUGCCUGCGUGGUCAGCCUGUCGGGGAACCAGGCCGUUAGACUGCCUCUCAUGGAGUGUGUCCAAGUGACCAAGGAUGUAACUGCUGCCAUGGCUGAGGGCCGGUUCGAUGACGCUGUCAAGCUCAGGGGGAAGAGUUUUGAGAACAACUGGAACACGUACAAGCUGCUGGCUCACAUCAACCCCCCCGACGUGAAGAGUAACAUCAACGUGGCCGUGAUGAACGUGGGGGCUCCCUGUGCCGGUAUGAACGCCGCGGUGCGUGCAGCCGUCAGGAUGGGCAUCAUCCAAGGCCACACCAUGCUGGCUGUGCACGACGGCUUUGAUGGCCUGGCUCAAGGGCAGAUCGAACCCAUCAGCUGGAACUCGGUGAGCGGCUGGACUGGAAAAGGAGGCUCCGAGUUGGGCACCAAGAGAACUCUGCCUUCUAAAAUCUUGGAGGAAAUCAGCCUGAACAUUGCCAAGUUCAACAUUCACGCCUUGGUGAUCGUUGGUGGAUUCGAGGCCUACAUGGGAGGCCUGGAUCUGGUUCAGGCCAGGGAGAAAUACGAGGAGAUGUGCAUUCCCAUGGUGGUCAUCCCUGCCACCGUGUCCAACAACGUCCCCGGCUCUGACUUCAGCAUCGGCGCUGACACCGCCCUCAACACCAUCACCUCUACCUGCGACAGAAUCAAGCAGUCGGCGGCGGGGACCAAGCGUCGCGUCUUCAUCGUUGAGACUAUGGGUGGAUACUGCGGCUACUUGGCCACCAUGGCUGGACUGGCCGCCGGGGCGGAUGCUGCCUACAUCUUUGAAGAAAAAGUCAGCAUUAGAGACCUGGAGAUGAAUGUGGUGCAUCUAGUGGAAAAGAUGAAGACGACGGUCAAGAGGGGUUUGAUCCUCAGGAAUGAAAACUGCAAUGCCAACUACACCACUGACUUUAUCUUCAACCUGUACUCAGAGGAGGGCAAAGGCAUCUUUGACUGUCGUAAAAACGUCCUUGGACACAUGCAGCAGGGUGGAACUCCGACGCCUUUCGAUAGAAACUUUGGUACAAAGAUGGGUGCCAAGUCUGUUCUCUGGCUUACUGAGAAACUGAAGGAGUGCUACAGGCACGGUCGCAUAUUUGCCAACACACCAGACUCUGCCUGUGUGCUGGGCAUGAGGAAGAGAGCACUCAUGUUCCAGCCUCUUUCUGACUUAAUAGAAGACACAGAUUUGGAGCAUCGCAUCCCAAAGACGCAGUGGUGGCUGAAAAUCCGGCCGAUAAUGAAGAUCUUGGCCAAGUACGACAUCAAACUGGACACAUCUGAACGCACAGACAUGGAGCAUGUGAUCAAGAAAAGGGGUCCACUCGGGAAGUAGACUUGGACUGGACAAGGACAUCUCUGUGUCCUGUUCACUUACAAAAUCUUAUUUGUCCAAGCUGAUUUUCUUCCAGUUUCAAAAGCUCUGUGAAUAAAUUUUGCAGAUAAUAUGAGAUUUCAAGAAACAAAUAAAGAUAGAUUUUAAAAUGU